AUGCAGGCACUCGCACAGCCUCAAAUUACCGCGCAGCAGGUCCACCAGCAGCAGCGGCCUCCCGCCCGCCACGCGGUGGCGGCGCCGCCACGCAGCUGCGGCAGCCUGGGCGGCAGCCUGGCCCGCAGCAGCAGCAGCGGCAGCGGCGGCGGCGGCAGAGCAGCUUGCAGGCUGCCGCCCGUGUGCGCGCGGCGCGAGCGCGACCCCAUCCUGGCCCCCGUCAUCCAGAUGGGCCCCGGCGGCGAGGAUGUGGUGGACCUAUACGGCUACCUGCUGCGCAACCGCAUCAUCUUCCUCAACCAGCGCAUCAGCGACCAGGUGGCGUGCCAGGUGGUGGCCUCCCUGCUGGCGCUCGACUCCCUGAACGAGGAGGAGGAGAUCAAGAUGUACAUCAACUGCCCGCAGGGCUCUCCCUAUGCCGUGGUGUCAAUCCUGGACACGAUGCGCGCCAUCAAGGCGCCCAACACCCGCAUCCUGCUGCAGCAGCCCAUGGGCGGCUUGCAAGGCUCCGCGGACGAGUGCAACAUCACCGCCACCGAGCUCAACCGCAACAUGCGGGUCAUGUACCGCUUUCUGUCUGAGGCCACCGGCCUGCCCGUGGAGACUGUGGAGAUGGAGUGCGACCGCGACAACUUUUUGGGCCCCGAGCAGGCCAUUGCUCUGGGCCUGAUUGACAGCGUCAUCGCCUGA